ACGCACAUACUGUAUCUUCAUAGUCUCCACAUGGCAGGGAUUUCAUGAAAAAAAGAAAGUCACGCGCGUUCUCUUUAGUGUACAGUUUAUUAUUAAACACUGACACCUUCACGUGCAACGCCGUGUUUAAUAGUUUUAUCACCCGUGCAGCUGCUGAUGCAGACCUGGACUUUAACCACUCACUACAACUUUAAGAAAUGAGUGACUUGGUUUUUUUUUUUUUCUCUCUUUUUGCAGGAAAUCACAUGGAGGUGCUGUGGCGCUCACAUGACACUCAGAAACCAUGGCAGGAGAGAUUAAUGAAGGCUCGGUCCCUGCGUAUUACAGGGAAGUGUACGAGGCUGUCCGAUGUAGGAAUGAUGAGAGAGUGCAGGUGGAAGUCUUCCAGCGGUUGCUCCAAAAGACGGAGCUCCCCAACGCUGUCUUAGCCCGGCUUUCGGAGCACGUCGACUCCACAGAUGGAUUUCUUAACAAGUUGUCACUCUAUAAAGCGUUGGCUUUGAUUGCCCUGGCACAGCAAGGGAAGCAGCCCAGCCCCAAACUGCUGGAGAACUGUAUACAAGAGUUGCCCAAACCUCAGCUCGGUGAGCCAAAGAGCCUCAGUGCACUCAGGAUACAGCCGGUGGAGGAAGAUGCACUGACCAUGUCCCACACCCUGGACAAACUGCUGGCCAUCGAUACCAUCCAGGUGGAGCUGAUACCUGAGAAGAAGGGCCUGUUCCUGAAGCAUGUGGAGUACCAGGUCACCAGCCAGCGAUAUAAAAUAUCCGUCUAUCGGCGCUACAGUGAUUUCGACGUCUUCCACGAGGUUCUGCUCCAGAAAUUCUCCUACAGGGUGGUGCCGGCAUUGCCACCGAAAAGGAUGUUAAAGGCAGUGCUGACCUCUGUCUCCGAGCGCGAGUUCAUUGAAGGGAGGAGACGAGCACUUGGCAGAUUCAUUAACCUGGUGUCAAGGCAUCCCGUCUUUUCCGAGGACGAGCUGGUGAAGACCUUCCUCACCUUCAGUGGCUCGGAUGUUCAGACCAAGCUGCGUGAUGCGUACAAAAAAGCAGGCGAUGAAUUCAUGACCAACAGAGUUGCGACCCAGGCGAAGGACUACCUGCCCGCUGACAUUCAGGCCCAGUUCUCCACGAGCAGAGAGUUAAUUAGGAACAUCCACAACACGUUCAACAAAUUGCGGGACAGAGCUGAGAAGAUGGCGGAGCGCUCCAAGGAGAACGCAACUGAUCUCCUCAUGUUCGGCAGGGAGCUCAGCACUCUGGGCUCAGACUCGUUGUCUCUCCCCUCUUUCGCCUCCUCUCAAAACUCCUGGGGGACGCUGCGUCAGUCACUGAAGAGUCUGUCCGUGGAGUUUGCUGUGUUGUCUGACAAAGCUGCUCAGCAGGGCGGACGAGAAGAGGAUGAUGUUGUUGAAAAGCUGAAUCUUUUUCUGGAUUUGUUGCAGUCCUACAGAGAUCUCUGUGAGCGCCAUGAGAAGGGAGUUCUUCACGAGCACCAGAGGGCUCUGCACAAAUACAGUGUGAUGAAGAGGCAGAUGAUGAGCGCCGCGGUGCAGACAAAAGAGCAGGUGUCUGUGGAGCAGCUGGAGUCGCGCAUUGUGCAGCAAGAGAAUGCUAUUCAGACCAUGGAGCUGCGGAACUACUUUUCGCUGUUCUGCCUUCAUCAAGAAACACAGCUCAUCUUCACCUACCUUCCCCUCACCUCCCACAUCCUCGGGGCUUUGGUGAACUCUCAGGUUCAAGGUCACAAAGAGAUGGGUGAGGUGUGGAAUGAACUCCAGCCGAAGCUCGGGUGUCUCUUUGGUGGAAAGAAUGGACUGAACAGUUCCGUCUGAAGAAGAGAAUGGCUGCUCCUGUUGCUUAUGCUGACAGAUUGAACAUAUAAAUAUAUAUAUAUAUAUACACACAGACAUAUAUAUAUAUUUAGUAUUUAUAUAUGUGUAUGUAUAAACAUAAAUAACAUAAUAAUAAUAAUAU